AUGAUUCUGGGCUCGAUCGGCGUUCCUGGGAAUCCCGGCUUAGCAAUCGAGCCCAGAGAUCGUCGAUCGAAGGAACCUCAAUCGAGCCCAGAGAUCAUCGAUCGAAGGAAACUCAGUCGAGCCCAGGAACCUCAAUCGAGCCCAGAGAUCAUCGAGCCCGGGAAACUCAAUCGAGCCCAGAGAUCGUCGAUCGAAGGAAACUCAAUCGAGCCCAGAGAUCAUCGAGCCCAGGAACCUCAAUCGAGCCCAGAGAUCAUCGAGCCCAGGAACCUCAAUCGAUCCCAGAGAUCAUCGAGCCCGGGAAACUCAAUCGAGCCCAGAGAUCAUCGGGCCCAGGAACCUCAAUCGAGCCCAGAGAUCAUCGAGCCCAGGAACCUCAAUCGAUCCCAGAGAUCAUCGAGCCCGGGAAACUCAAUCGAGCCCAGAGAUCAUCGGGCCCAGGAACCUCAAUCGAGCCCAGAGAUCAUCGAGCCCAGGAACCUCAAUCGAUCCCAGAGAUCAUCGAGCCCGGGAAACUCAAUCGAGCCCAGAGAUCAUCGGGCCCAGGAACCUCAAUCGAGCCCAGAGAUCAUCGAGCCCAGGAACCUCAAUCGAUCCCAGAGAUCAUCGAGCCCGGGAAACUCAAUCGAGCCCAGAGAUCAUCGGGCCCAGGAACCUCAAUCGAGCCCAGAGAUCAUCGAGCCCAGGAACCUCAAUCGAUCCCAGAGAUCAUCGAGCCCGGGAAACUCAAUCGAGCCCAGAGAUCAUCGGGCCCAGGAACCUCAAUCGAGCCCAGAGAUCAUCGAGCCCAGGAACCUCAAUCGAUCCCAGAGAUCAUCGAGCCCGGGAAACUCAAUCGAGCCCAGAGAUCAUCGGGCCCAGGAACCUCAAUCGAGCCCAGAGAUCAUCGAGCCCAGGAACCUCAAUCGAUCCCAGAGAUCAUCGAGCCCGGGAAACUCAAUCGAGCCCAGAGAUCAUCGGGCCCAGGAACCUCAAUCGAGCCCAGAGAUCAUCGAGCCCAGGAACCUCAAUCGAUCCCAGAGAUCAUCGAGCCCGGGAAACUCAAUCGAGCCCAGAGAUCAUCGGGCCCAGGAACCUCAAUCGAGCCCAGAGAUCAUCGAGCCCAGGAACCUCAAUCGAUCCCAGAGAUCAUCGAGCCCGGGAAACUCAAUCGAGCCCAGAGAUCAUCGGGCCCAGGAACCUCAAUCGAGCCCAGAGAUCAUCGAGCCCAGGAACCUCAAUCGAUCCCAGAGAUCAUCGAGCCCGGGAAACUCAAUCGAGCCCAGAGAUCAUCGGGCCCAGGAACCUCAAUCGAGCCCAGAGAUCAUCGAGCCCAGGAACCUCAAUCGAUCCCAGAGAUCAUCGAGCCCGGGAAACUCAAUCGAGCCCAGAGAUCAUCGGGCCCAGGAACCUCAAUCGAGCCCAGAGAUCAUCGAGCCCAGGAACCUCAAUCGAUCCCAGAGAUCAUCGAGCCCGGGAAACUCAAUCGAGCCCAGAGAUCAUCGGGCCCAGGAACCUCAAUCGAGCCCAGAGAUCAUCGAGCCCAGGAACCUCAAUCGAUCCCAGAGAUCAUCGAGCCCGGGAAACUCAAUCGAGCCCAGAGAUCAUCGGGCCCAGGAACCUCAAUCGAGCCCAGAGAUCAUCGAGCCCAGGAACCUCAAUCGAUCCCAGAGAUCAUCGACUGUGCCAGAGGGUGAGCUGCUCCUACAGGCCCUCGAUGGCUUCGUGCUGGUGGUGACAUCAGAAGGGCUGAUAUUUUACUCCUCCCAUACGAUUCAGGACUACCUGGGAUUUCAUCAGACAGAUGUCAUGCACCAGAGUGUCUUUGAGCUGAUCCACACUGGGGACCAGCAGGCAUUCAGACGCAACCUCCACUGGGCCCUCAACCCACCACACUCUCCUGAGGGUGAGCCUUCUCCAGGAGGAGGGAAGAGUCUUGGCUCUUCUGCUGUCGCCUACAAGCCAGAUCAGCUGCCCCCUGAAAAUUCCUCCUUUCUGGAAAGGAGCUUCGUGUGCCGCUUCCGCUGCCUCCUGGACAAUUCCUCUGGCUUCCUGGCUUUAAACCUCCAGGGCAGGCUGAAACUCCUCCACGGGCAGAACAAAAGGUCUGAAGACGGGUCUGCACUGCCACCCCAGCUGGCUCUCUUUGCCAUCUCCACCCCCUUGCAGCCCCCCUCCAUCCUGCAGAUCCAAACCAAGAGCAUGAUCUUCAGGACGAAGCACAAGCUGGACUUCACCCCUUUGGCGUGUGACGCCAAGGGGAAGCUGGUUUUGGGCUACACGGAGGCGGAGCUGCGGACGUGCGGCACUGGUUACCAGUUUGUCCACACUGCCGACAUGCUGUACUGCGCCGAGAACCACGUCAGGAUGAUGAGGACGGGGGAGAGCGGGCUGACGGUUUUCCGGCUGCUGACGAAGGAGAAGCGCUGGAAGUGGGUACAGGCCAACGCGCGGCUCGUCUACCGGCACAGCAAGCCCGAGUACAUCCUGGUCACCCAGAGGCCCCUCGUAGAUGAAGAAGGAGGAGAGCACCUUCGUAAACGGUCCAUGCAUCUUCCCUUUACCUUUGCUACAGGAGAGGCACUCUUAUACCAAAGUGCUUACCCUCUCCCGGGCUUCCCUGACCCUUUCCAGAGCAAAGGGAAAACCAGCAGGUCCAGGAAAGCCUCCCAGAGGCACGGAGGGCACUCCCAGAAGGAUGCUGUUGACCCCAGUUCUCUGCUGGGUGCCGUGAUGCAACAGGAGAAGGCUGUUUAUGUCUCCCACCCAGCUCCUGCACCUAACCACUCCUUCAGCAGCAGUUUUGGGGACCGCCUCGAGGAUGCAGGAAGAGAUGCUGGGAGUGUGAGCAUGGCUGCAGUUCCUUUGAAGGGGGACAGCCUCAAAGAGGGGCUCGUGGAUUUGCAGCAGGACUGCCCUGUCUUGGCCACCUUGGACUCACUCUCCAUUAAAAGCAAUGAGAGCUGCUCCAACCGUGAGCAAUUCGGGGCACUUGAGGGCCUGGGGUUGAAUCAUGAGGACCUGGAGCUCCUGCUGCUGAAUGAGAAAAUGGUGAUGGUCAACAGGGACCCUGAGCACAGCCCAGCCCUGAACAGCUGCUUUGCCAGCAAUGAGAUCCUCUCCUACAUCCACGCCACUCUGGUGAGCAAGUCCGAAGGGGGACAACAGGUCUGUCCCCUGCCAGGCACCUCCCCAAGCCCCCAGGGAGGGACUGCCACCUACCAGGCCCACGUGGAGGACAAGGACUCUCAGUUCUUGCCCCAGCCUGUGAUGCAGCCCAGCGUGGCCCCAGGCCAGCCCCCUGCUCCCCUCUGGGAGCAACCAGUGCCAGCUGAGGAGGAGGAAGAGCCAUCUGAUGGCUUGCCGUGGGAGCUUAAUCCCAAGAAGCAGCCCAGCCCUGCUCCCUCCACCUCCCAGCACCCUUUUCCAGGCUCAUCUGCAGAGCAUUUUGGGAACGUUGUCAGCCCCUUGGAGACUCCUGGGAACUCCUAUGGGACAUACACCCUGAGCCAGGAGAGCAGGCACAAGCCUGGCAGUGGCUGCAUUUUGCCCAACACUCUUGUGAGACCCUCUGGAGACCACCCAGUGCUGGGGGGGAGCCUGGUUCCCCCUUGCCAACUCCAUCCCCGAGUAGAAGUGCUGCCAGAUGACCCUCAUGCCUCCAACAGGGACUUCUGCCUCUAG